AUGCUAAGUUGGCUCCGACGCUUCCCUAACGAUGUGAUCCAUAGGAAGGGCAAUGGCACCACCACAGGCCGGAGGACCUCCUCCUCCACCUCUUGGAGGAACAAGAGCAACAGCUUCACCGCACGGAUCAUCCGUUGUGCCUCCUCUGUGGUCGAUACAGCAGGCCGCCGACACGACGACGACGACGACGACGAUGAAGAUGAUGAUUGUCGUCUACCGUCGUCGCCUCCUCCUCCAGCACCACCAAAUCAUUAUAAUAAUGACAGUGGCAGAAACACCAGUGUCAUCUCGGCCAAAGCCUUCUCGUUCCGCGAGCUAGCUGACGCCGCAGGAAACUUUCGCCAAGCCAACUUCCUCGGCGAGGGGGGAUUCGGUCGCGUCUACAAGGCCCGCCUGCUCAUUGCUGGUGAGGACGACCUUCCGGUGGCCAUCAAGCAGCUGGACCGCAAUGGCUUCCAGGGCAACAAUGAGUUCAUGGUGGAGGUGCUCAUGCUCAGCAUGCUGCACCACCCCAACCUCGUCAGCCUCAUUGGUUACUGCGCCGAGGGUGACCAACGCCUGCUCGUCUAUGAGUACAUGGCACUAGGAUCCCUCGAGGACCACCUGUUGCUGCUGCGUGAUGAUGACGAUCAUGACAACGAUGACAGCCAACAGCAGCAUGGCCCUUUGCCUUGGCGCACGAGGAUGAAGAUCGCGCUCGGCGCGGCGCGGGGUCUAGAGUACCUGCAUGAAAACACUGUCAUCUACCGAGAUCUCAAGUCCUCCAACAUCCUCCUCGACCAAGACUACAAUCCCAAGCUCUCCGACUUCGGCCUCGCCAAGCUCCUCCCCCGCCCCGCGCACUGA